UUAUACACAUUGGCUAUGUGGGCAUAAGGAUUAUAUUCGCGCGAUUGAUCAAAGUCUUUACAUCGAAAUGGCUGUUCAAUGUCGGCUGUGCUGUCAUUAUUUCCGCCAAGAGAAUCCUAUGAUCAUCUUCAACCGGGAUGUUCUCGCCAAGGUCAAAGAUCUCACUGGACUAUCGUUACGAGAAGAGAAGCACCUACCGCGUCACAUUUGCCCAUCUUGUCUGAAAGACUUGAAUACGUCAAUAAAGUUAAGGGAUCGCAUUGGGCGGAACCACAUGAAACUGAUGUCAAGAAAGGGAACCGAAAGUGACUCUGAUCUGGAAACUCAGGUGACAAAUGAAGAUUUGGAUGGGGCUUUCCCCUGUGAACUGGACAUGUCAGAAAUUAUAGAAAAUAUUUCAAAAGCAAGUGAAAGUGAUGUCGAAUCACAGGAGUUCUAUACUAAACUAAAUAUGGACAAUCAAAACAGUUCACAGGAUAUCAUAGAAUUUAGUUCAGAUAUCUCUGAGUCUCCUGAUCUUGACUAUCUUCACAAACUGAAAAAUCAAGAAAAAGAGAGUGAUCAAGAGGACGACGACGAUCGUCGUGAAACAUACGAGCUCCAGUCUAUUUUAGACAUUGACAAUCAAGCAUGGAAACCAGAAUCUCCCAACCUUUAUCGUUUCCGUAAAUAUCAGGCAAAUGAAAGUGAUCAAGUAUCGGAGGAUAACGAAGCAUGGUUUAAUGAGAAUAGUCCAAAUUACCAAAUUCUCUUUGAAGAUUCUUACUGUAAGGAAGCUGAAGAAUGCGAAAGUCGUCUAUCUCUAGACCAAAAUCUUAUGAUCCAGGCAAUAGAUAGUGAUCAAGAAUCCGACGCUAAUGCAGAUUCUCCAUAUUUUAAAAGACUUAAAGAACCUCAACAGGGAUAUCGAAACGAAGUAUUGCUUUCGGCAAAAGAAUCUAAAAUAUCAAAAUACCAAUAUCAAAAAACCAAGGCGUUUGAAAUUGAUACAUUUGAGGACUUUAAAAAUUUUGAACUUUCUAAUUUAGCUAAACAUGGCAAUCAAAUUCCAAAAAAUGGUAAAAUACCUCAGGUUAAGACUUUGAUAGCAGCAGGAAAUGCAAUUUCAAAUGCUGAAAUAAGAGCCCCCAAAGAAAAUAUCCAUAAAACAGAAAAGGUCAUUAAGAAGGUAACGUUUUCAGAGGAAAAUGAGAACAUUCCGCCUGACAGAAAAAUGAAGACGCGGAAAACUCGAUCUCGAGAGUGCACCGAAUGUGGGAAGGUCUUGAAGAGCCUCAACAACCUAAAGUUGCAUAUGUUGCGCCACACUGGUAAAAAGGAUUUCAUCUGCAACUUGUGCGACAGACGGUUUGUCUCCAUACACCUGCUAAACCUGCACAAGAGAGUUCGCCAUUUGGGCGAACAGCCGUUUAAGUGCAGGUUUUGCCAGAAAUCGUUUUCUACCAGCACGGCCAAGAGCCGACACGAGGUAAUGAAACACGUCAGAGAUGGGAGCUACAUGUGCGAUGAGUGCGGCAGGCAAUUUCAUACACAGACCUGUUUAAACAACCACAAGGUCCUGCACGCCGGCAAUAAACCUUUUUAG